AUGGAACUCCAACAAAUACUGCAUAUGAAUAGGGGCGAAGGUGACACAAGCUACGCAAAGAAUUCAUCUUACCAAAAUUCGGUUCUCACCAAGGUGAAACCUGCCCUUGAACAAUGCUUACGAGAAUUGUUGCGGGCCAACUUACCCAACAUCAACAAGUGCCUUAAAGUUGCGGAUUUGGGAUGCGCUUCUGGCCCAAACACAGUUUUAACAGUUUGGAACAUUAUACAAAGUGUCGACAAAGUUGGCCAGGAAAAGAAGAAUGCAUUCGAACCUCCCACCAUUCAGAUUUUUCUGAAUGAUCUUUUCCAAAAUGAUUUCAAUUCGGUUUUCAAGUCGCUGCCAAGCUUCUACCGCAAACUUGAGAAAGAAAACGGACGCAAAAUAGGAUCGUGCCUGAUAGCCACAAUGCCUGGCUCUUUCUACGGCAGACUCUUCCCCGAGGAGUCCAUGCAUUUUUUACACCCUUCUUACAGUCUUCACUGGUUAUCUCAGGUUCCCAGUGGUUUGGUGACUGAAUCGGGGAUCAGUGUGAAUAAAGGGAGCAUUCACUCUUCCAAAGCAAGCUGUCCGCCCGCCCAAAAGGCAUAUUUGGACCAAUUUAUGAAAGAUUUUACCACAUUUCUAAGGAUGCAUUCGGAAGAGUUGGUUUCACAUGGCCGAAUACUCCUUACUUUCAUGUGUGAAGGAGAUGAAUUCGACGGCCCGAAUAUCUUUGACUUACUUGACAUGGCAUUAAUGGACUUGGUUGGACAUCAGGAGGAAGAAAGAAUGGAUAGUUUCAAUCUUCCAAACUAUACUUCUUCAGUAGAAGAAAUAAGGUACAUAAUUGAGGAGGAAGGUUCUUUUGAAAUUUUGUACCUGGAGACUUUUAAGCUCCGUCAUGAUGCUGGCUUCUCCAUUGAUGAUGAUUACCAGUUACAAUCCCAUUCCCAAGUAUACUGCGAUGAACAUGUUAGAGCAGCGUAUGUGGCAUCAUUCAUUAGAGUAGUUUACGAACCCACCCUCGCAAGUCAUUUUGGAGAAGCUAUUGUACCUGACAUAUGCCACAGGUUUGCGAAGAAUGCAGCAAAGCUUCUCCGCAUGGGCAAAGGCUUCUUUAAUAAUCUUAUCAUUUCUUUUGCCAAAAAACCAGAGAAAUCAGACAUGUAA